CCUGCGAGAUCACGCAAAAAUUGAGGUCCAUGAUUUUUUUAUUUUUAUUAUGGUAUUGGAAAACCCGCGAAAAAAUGAACGCAAAACUAAACCGUACACAAAGCGCCUGCAAUCUACAUAAACAUUAUCGGCUGGGAAUUUCGAAUGCCAAUGCUUAGUCGCUUCAUAGAAAAGCCGGGGGCAGUCUUGGUGUAAUAAAGAUACCAGUAGUCGUUAUAAAUAGGUAUCACUAACCGUGCGAGACUUCACAAUGUUCUAAUUCGCCGCUCGGUUUGUUCGUUGACGUCUCAUAUUGCAAGACUUUUCGUUAUGAUUAAAGUAGCGUUUGCAAUGUUCGUUAUUGUGGAGGGUUGUCUCGCUUAUAAGGGACACCACCAUGCCCAUCGCGAUAGAGAUAGGAAUAGUCCUGCGGUAAGGGCUCCUGCUGGACUUUUUCAAGGGGCCAUACUAAAAUCCAGACUCGGGCGAGAUAUCUAUUCGUUCAGGGGUAUCAGAUACGCCAAAGCCCCUAUAGGUGAACUCAGAUUCAAGCCUCCCGUGCCCAUCGAAACGUUUGAAGGCACUUACAACGCCACACAGUACGGUGCCAUAUGCCCGCAACCCGCUACAGGAGAUCCCAUGUCCGAAGAUUGUUUACUACUCAACGUUUUUACUACCAAAUUGCCCGGAGGACGUCGCAAAAGUGUAAAAAGGCCCGUUAUCGUCUACAUCCACUCCGGAGGUUUCUACUUUAUGAGCUCGUCUUGGUUCGGCCCUCAAUAUUUCAUGGACCAGGAUAUCGUUUUGGUCACCAUCAACUACAGGCUUCAAACCUUAGGAUUCCUCGCCACCGGCGACGAACUGUCCCCGGGCAACAACGGAUUGAAAGAUCAAGUCUUGGCCCUGAAGUGGAUACAAAGCAACAUAGAAUCGUUCGGAGGUGAUCCGAAUGCCGUCACCCUGUUGGGCUGCAGUGCGGGAGCAAUUAGCGUGGUAUCCCACAUGAUUUCGCCCAUGUCCAAAGGUCUAUUUCACCGCGGCAUUGCCCUGAGCGAUUCGGUGCUGGCCCAAUGGGACGUACCUCACGACCAAAUGGAUCUGGCCAAGAGGCAAGCGAGGUUCGUAGGAUGUCCGGACACUUCUUCGUCGGAAAUUAUCGAUUGCUUGAAGACCAAGUCGGCUAAGGAGUUGGGACAAUCGCUGCUUCAAUUCGGGGAGUACGACGGUGAUCCGUUGCUUAUUUGGAAACCCGUGGUGGAAAGGGACUUCGGUCAGGAGAGGUUUUUCCUGGAACAUCCGGUCUUGUCGGUUCAAAAGGGCGACUUCUACAAGGUACCCUUCAUUACUGGAAUAACUGCUGAGGAAUUUUCGUACAAAGCCAUGUAUAUCGUCAACAACGAGACUCUGUUGAACGAAAUGAAUGGAGAUUGGGAUAGGGUGGCACCUAUAUCGUUCCUUUACGAGAGGAACACCAGCCGGUCUAAAUCAAUAAGCGCGGCUUUAAAAAAGUUUUAUUUCAAUGACAGACCCAUCGACAAAUCCUCGGAAGGCAGGCUGGGUGAGCUUUACGCUGAUUCUACAGUGGGAUUCAGCGGCAACAGGGCCAUCAAACUCAUUAGCGACAAGAGCCCGGAGUUGUGUUUUUACUAUCGCUUCAGCUAUCCAGGAAGAUACAGCUUUUUCUACCUUCCCAACACCAACAACAAAACCUACGGUGUCGUCCACCAUGAUGAUUUGAUAUACCUCUUCUACUACCCCAAAUUGUUUCCCUUGUUCGGGGAGAGCACCCCCAAAGAGGUGGAAAUGGUAAAGACGUUGACGGGAUUGUACGCCACAUUUGCCAAAUACGGAAACCCGACCCCGCCGGGUCGCAGUCCUACGAAUGUGGUAUGGGAGCCGUACGACAAAACCACGCAAAAAUAUUUGGACAUCGGCUCAACGUUAGAGAUGAAGACUCAAUUAUACGAAGACAGAUACGCGAUUUGGGAGAAACUUUUCCCAUUAAUGACUACCAUGGAGUCUCGACGUAUGUUUGUAAUAUCGCUUUUUGUUGUUCUUUACGAAAUUUCCAUCGGCAAAGGCGAUGGAAACUUUCCCGUUGUCACAACCCCGUUGGGGAAAAUUCAAGGCUCGCUACUAAAAAGUCGAUUGGGGAAAACAAUAUAUUCCUUUAGAGGAAUUAGAUAUGCCCAGCCUCCCAUUGGUGAGUUAAGAUUCCAGCCUCCAGUGCCCAUAACAAGCUAUGAAGGCGUCUACAACGCAACUGUCGACGGAUACCUUUGCCCACAGCCUUCGGACGAUCCUACAUCGGAGGAUUGUUUAAUCCUCAACGUAUACACCACCAAGCUACCGAAUAUCAAACUCGACGUUAAACACCCCGUCAGACCCGUAAUGGUAUAUUUACAUGCAGGUGGUUGGUACAGCGUGGGAUCAACUAGCAAGUGGGCCGGACCGCAGUACUUUAUGGAUCAAAAAAUUGUUUUGGUGACCUUGAACUACAGAUUGGCCACAUUAGGAUUCUUGGCGACUGGCGAACGAGAGGCCCCCGGCAACAACGGAAUGAAAGAUCAAAUCCAGGCACUGAAAUGGAUUCAACAGAACAUUAGAGCUUUCGGAGGUGAUCCCGACUCAGUCACCUUAAUGGGUUACAGCGCUGGAGGGAUGAGUGUUAUCUUCCACAUGGUGUCACCAAUGUCUAAAGGUUUGUUUCACAGGGGCAUAGCAAUGAGCGGUUCCCCAACGGCCCAAUGGCCGAUAAAGCGGGACCAAUUGGAGCUUGCUCGCAAACAAGCGAGACUAGUGGGUUGUCCCGAUGAUAGUCCGGCAGAUAUCGUCGAAUGUCUGAAAACUAAGUCCGCAGACGAAUUGGGAAAUUCUUUGCCUAGUUUUGCAGAAUUCAAUUACGAUCCCGUUCUGAUUUGGACCCCAGUAAUCGAGAAAGAUUUUGGCCAGGAACGAUUCUUAACAGAUCACCCAAUCGAACUGAUCUUGGCUGAUAAGUUCUACAAAAUUCCUUUCAUCGCUGGGGUGACCACCCACGAAUUUUCUUACAGGGCUUACAAUGUUUUUGAGAAUAGCACAUCGCUGAGACUGCUCAACGAAGAAUGGGAGAGGAUUGCACCGACCGCGUUCAUUUACGAGAGAGACACGCGAUUCUCCAAUGAAGUCAGUGCGGGCUUGAAAAGCUUCUACUUUCGUAAUAAGACUAUCGAUCGAUCUCUGUUUGACUCACUAGGAUUGGUGUACGCCGACUCAGUUAUCGGUUUCGGAGUCAAUAGAGCCAUUAAACUGAUAAGCUCUAAGAACGAUAAGGGAAGUUAUUACUACAAAUUCAGCUACAAAGGAAGGUACAGUCACUUUACCGAUCCUGACACCAACAAAACAAUUGGUCCUGUUCAUCACGACGACUUGAUAUACCUACUCUAUAUAGAGAAAUUAUUUCCGUUCUUUAAUGAAAGUUUUCCCGAGAUCGAGAUGGUCGAUAAUUUAACCAGUCUGUAUUCAAGUUUUGCGAAAUUUGGGUUUGUACGCGGUACAUGGAUGUCUGCUCCCGUUAACAGCAUUUCCCGUUUAAGGGUUCCCGGUGCUGCAUGGGAAUCGUUCUCCUUAGACACUCAGAAAUACAUGGAUAUUGGCGAUCGCCUAACUAUGCGUCGGAGGUUGUACGACGAAAGAUAUCUGGAAUGGGAGAAACUGUUUCCUCUGAGUUUAUAUAAAGAAAAUUAAAUAUAUAAUUCAUGCGAUAUUUACCAGGAACGAGUGAAAUCUAGUAAAUAAAAAUGUGAAAAUCCAAACGAUUUGGAUCGGGCAAUGUUGUAGUGGUUCCAACAGCAACGUCUUAAAAAUGUACCACUCUCUGGAGCUAUCGUAAAACUAAAAACAGAAAAGUUUGCUCAACGGCUUGGCAUUAUCGAUUUCAAGGCUUCGGAAGGAUGGUUGUGACGUUGAAACAGAGACAUGUCGACAGAAAAGUCACAAAAAAAGCAGUCCCUUCAAUUUUGCUAUAUAGAGUUUCGACGGUAUUUAUAUUUAGAUUGUGUGGUUUGUUUAACCUGUUUGUGUCUCAAAGUGCAAGUAAUGAAUAUAAAGUAAAUAUUGGACGAGUUUGUAAAAGCGAUACGCACAUAUAUCUCUGUUGCCGUUUCAGAGCUAUAAAUAAAGCGUGCUUCUAUCUUUGAAUUGGUGAAACAUAAUCACACGGUACCAUGGGUAACAGUAUGAUAACACUACGAUACGAUUUGC